AUGUUCCGUUCCGCUGUCGUCCGCUCGUUGAGAGCCUCCGUUCCCCGUGCUGUCAGGACUCCUACUGCCUUCCAGAUCCGUAGCUCUCCUGUUGCUCGUCCUGCUCAAUUCGCCCCUCGCUUUGCUUACCAGGGUGUCCGCCUCUACUCCGCCCCCGCCGGUCUGAACAAGGAGGAGGUCGAGGGCCGGAUAGUCAACCUCUUGAAGAACUUUGACAAGGUUUCCGAUGCCAGCAAGAUCAACGGCUCUUCCCACUUCUCGAACGACCUCGGUCUGGAUAGCCUGGAUACUGUUGAGGUUGUGAUGGCUAUUGAGGAGGAGUUCAGCAUUGAGAUCCCCGACAAGGAGGCCGACACUAUCCACAGUGUUGACAAGGCUGUUGAGUACAUCCUUGCCCAGCCUGAUGCCCACUAA